AUGCAGGGAGAAGCACGCGGUCGCUCACUACACUCUAGCGGGGACUCUAGUGGGGACGCUCUCCUAACAGUAGUCUGUGACGGAAUCCCGUGUGGCCCCGCCGAUGGAUCCCGCGGGGGCGGGGAGGUGACCGAAUGCCUCCGAUGCAGCGCCUGCUUCCACUUUGGAGUCAUAUCCGCUUUGCGCCACCCACGAGCAACAGCUCAUCCAACUUGGGUAGUGAGUCUAUCGAGUCUAUCGAUACACUCAGUUGGGAGGAGCCUUCGUUUUCCACCAGAGCUGAGCGUGUGUAGUGCGUCGCUGGGAGAUCAACUUUACCUGAACUUUCAGGGGCUGUUUGGAUUGAUUCGAACUUCGGUUGAGUUUUGAUAAGCCUUUUUCUAACAAGAGCAUGAUGGCAGGACCGCUCCUUCCCUUCCUCCCCUUUCUCCUCCUCCUCCUUUCCCGCUCCAUCGACGCUCGACCCACUAUCGACGCUCGACCCACCAUCGACGCUCGACCCGCCCUCCCCGCCGCCCUACUCACCACUCGCCCCGCGGAGCGGGCCCUUCAAGCCGCGGACUGCGCGGAGGGAGAGGAGCUCUGCCCCGCGGGCGGCGGGACGUGCGUGGAGUCCGCGCGACUGUGCGAUGGCACUCCCGACUGCCCUGACGGCAGCGACGAGGACUACAACGUCUGCUAUCUCGCGGAGCAUGGGUCGUUUCCGCCCGAGGAGGAGCCGCUUUGCCACGAGGAGCAGCGGGAGCUGUUCUGCCCCAGCGGCGGCGGGUGCGUGGACGAGCAGCGGAUGUGCGACGGCAAGCGGGACUGCGCGGACGGCAGCGACGAGUCUCCCACCUUCUGCAGCAGCUUCAACUGCGAAAUCUUUGGAAAGGACUUCUGCCCCUCGGGGACCGGGUGCAUGCCCAAGGGCGGCGAGUGCAACGGCGUGCCGGACUGCUUCGACGUCAGCGACGAGGGCCGGCAGUGCCGACCCGCAUACGACUCCGCGUACUGCAAGAACCAGGGGCUGGUGGGGUGCGCCGACGACGCGUACACGUGCCUGAAUAAGCUCGACAUCUGCGACGGGGUGUCCAUGUGCGGUGAUGCGUCGGACGAGGCGAAUUGCCAGAGCCACGUGUGCGAAGACGGGAUGAUCCAGUGCCCUAAGACGUUCUACUGCGCGGCUGGGACGCUCUGCGACGGCGUGCAGGACUGCUAUAUGACCGGGGAGGCGGAGGACGAGGAUAAGGCGUUUUGCCGGGGGUACACUUGCCCGGGUGGGUUCAAGAAGUGCGCUGAUGGGCUGCAGUGUGUGGCUGAGGAGUUGUUCUGUGAUGGGACGGUGCACUGCAAUGAUGGGAGUGACGAAGGUGCGGCGUGCGCAGUGACCACUCCGGGCAGUGACAACACUACUGCUCCCCCUGAACCUGGAACCGGGUCAGGUUCAUCUGAAACGUCAGCAAACAGCACUGCUUCGAGUGGGGGUAGCUCGUCAUCGGGAGACAAUUCAUCGUCUGGCGACCCUGUGGUGCUAAGUCCAGAGGAGGUGGCGAGGCAGAGGAAGGAAGCAGCAGCAAGACGUGCGGCUGCUGUGGCUGCCAAGAAGCAGAAGGCUGCUGCUAAGAAGGCGGCUGUGGAGGCAAGGCGGAAGAAGCAGGAGGAGAAGGCUGCGGCUAUUGCUGAGAAGAAGCAGAAGCAGGAGGAGAAGGCGGCUGCCAUUGCAGAAAAGAAGAGGGCGCAAGCAGCAAAGGCUGCUGCAAUUGCUGAGAAGAAGCGGAAGCAGGAGGAGAAGGCUGCUGCGAUCGCAGCUAAGAAAAAGAAGCAGGAGGAGAAGGCGGCGGCUAUUGCAGAGAAGAAGAGGAAGCAGGCUGAGAGGGCUGCUGCGAUUGAGGCGAAGAAAAAGAAGCAAGCUGAGAAAGCGGCAGCCAUUGCAGCCAGGAAGAAUGCAGCAACGAAUUGAUCAACACGCCUGGACUGUAUUGUAGAAUGUUUUAGGAGGCUGUUAGGAUUGAAGCCAAGAAGCAGACUGCGUAGGUGGCUCCCAUUUUUGCCUGAAGGAAGAGAUGGGUUGGGAUAGCCAUGGAGAUGUUAUAUAAUAUGUGUUGAUUAGUGCAUAUUUUGUACUUGUAUUGUGUGAAGAAU